UAACUGACGUUACCCUUUGAUUACUUGGACACCAUUGCCUGCUCACCACAAGCGCAGGAGCUCUUACGAUAGUCCUCGACAGCAGAGUUUUUCUGCGGAAGCUUCGACAAACACGCUCAGCGCAAUUGAUCGACGAAUAGAUACAAGUACCCCAAAUACACAGCUUCCGAAACAGCUGCAAGUCGUUCCACCGUUGCCAGCAAGCUACUCCAUCUCCGCCGUGUUGGACCGAGAUCGCAAAUUCUCCAUUCCCGAGCAGGAGGGCUUGCAGGAUCACAUCGCCAGAUGUCAAGCUAGCUAGCUGAGAAAGAUAUACAUCCACUUUAAUCGACCCUCCACACCAACCCAUCCCCGAUGAUGGAAGCACAACAGCAGCCCUCGGCGGGCUCCUUGAGCUGGAGGUUAAGCUCGCACCCCAUCACGCUGUUGACAUUUCUCGCCUUUAGGGUUUCAAGCUUGCUGGUUUACCUCUUCGGCCUCAUCUUUAUAGAUAAUAUGGUCAUGAUCUUCAUCAUCACCAUCCUCCUCCUCGCCGCCGAUUUCUACUACCUCAAAAACAUCGCCGGGCGCCGCCUCGUCGGCCUGCGCUGGUGGAACGAGGUCGACCCCCAGAGCGGCGACUCGCACUGGGUCUUUGAGAGCAGCGAGCCCGGAACAAAAACCGUCAACCCGACCGACAGCCGCUUCUUCUGGCUCGCAAUCUACGCCCAGCCGCUCCUCUGGAUCGGCCUGGCCGUCUUGGCGCUCGUGCGCCUCAAGUUCAUAUGGCUACCGCUUGUUGCGAUUGCACUCGUGCUUACCAUCACCAACUCGCUCGCCUUUUCCCGUUGCGACAAGUUCAGUCAGGCGUCCAACUUGGCAGGCAGCGCUUUCUCAACGGGCAACUUGGCAGGGUCCAUUGCGACAGGGCUCGUGGGGCGGUUGUUUUCGAGGAGCUAGAUUUGAUGAAUGGACGUAGGAUCAUGAGGACAGCAUGUUAUCCCGUAGGUACGAUUCGCCCAUCUUUGAGUCAAAAAUAUUGGUCGCCUUUCUCCGAGUUUCAAUGUCUCAAUAUAGCAUCCCAUUCAAGCCCUGACGCUGCAACAUGGAUGUAAUUGUCGAUGCCAUGUUUGGGUUCAGUCAAGUUACAGUCACUGGGUAUUUGUAUGCGAGUUCACUGUAUGUUCUGGCCGUUGGCCUAGCACAUUGGGGUCUUCUCGGUAGAUCCAGCGGACAGGUGACAUCUAAUGUAGCCCCUAGAUAUGAUGAUAUUUGUUUGAGGGAAAUUCUACACGAGGAUCAGGAUUCAGCUGCAAAACCUGGGUUUUGCAAGAACGGCAUGUUGUGAGUGAAUCGUGUGUUUAAAUUUGCUCGUGACAUCAAAAUUCCAAGCAAGGCUAGGAGCGGUUUCGGGAAAAUGUUUUGAUUUGGCAUCACUAGCUUAGUGCAGCGUUUCCUUAUUCGCAUCCCAUAUAAUUUCCAAUAAGGAUUCCGAAGCCAGAACAACGUCAGUUGAUGAAAGGA